ACAAAGUGCGGCUCUUUCCGCCUCUCGUUGGCUGUUUGGCAGUCGGGUUACCCUCCGCGUGAUGUGCUUUCAUUUCGGAAAAUCUCUAAAUGUUCUAGAGUUAACAGGCAUUAAACAGAAGGAUACAGACGCGAACUUUCUUCAGAUUUCAUGCGCGCUCCGUACGCAUGAAAUGGACCAUUUAACUCGUUUGAUAAUUGUGUCGCACUUUUGGGGGACUUUUUUCCUUUCUUUCAAGCAUUGGAUGAAAUUACAUUGUUGAAAAGCUUCUUAUAUGUUGACUGUUGUUUGGAAGGUUUGAGAUCUAAUAAUUAAUAUUGAUUUAGGAUUGGAAACGGCGGCGUCGGCUUCAUGUGCAUGCGCACGGGUGGCCCAUCCGCGUUUUACCGGUUCAGCGCAUGAGACGCGCCGUUUGGAGCUGAACUUACUUACACUUGUACUACCGUAGGUGAAGCGGGUUUAAAGCAUCAUGAUGUUCGCAGGUAUGAUCAAAGUGGAGAGUAAUUCAACCCACAAGACUGACAACGACCCCAAUUGUCAACGGUGCGCGGUGAGGGCAGGUGGUGCGAGCACAGCUGCAGCGUCGGGAAGCUAUCGCAGGAGAAGUUUCAGGUGGCCGGGAUACAUGCGAGUGGAUGCUGCUGUCGGUUUGGCUGCUGAGACGCCAUGUGAUUCCAACAAAAAUUCCAUAACCCCCAUUUGUGGCCCAUCCACUAGUGAGAACACUCAAAAGGGUGCUUCUGAAUUGCCAAGCAACUCCAGUGAGAAAUGGCUUAAGGAGGAUUUUCAGAAAGACAACUCUUCGAACGACCAGAAUUCAUCCAAAACUUGCAGUUUACGUGGCAUCCAAGUUGAAGACACUUCUAGAACAGUCCCACCACGUGAAGUUUUCAAUUCCAGCUUUAGUUUCAUUCAACAGUCACUAGAAACAAGUGAUUUAUUACAUGAUACAACCACAAGUAAGACUUCUUCAUUCCAAUUUGUAAACAAACCAUUUGAUUCGACUUCAUGGGACCAAUUAAGAUCUGAACUGUCCAGCUCAGAUACUUUAAAACCUCAAACUGUUUUCAUCAAUAAGUUUAAAGAGGAUUCAGUUAGCCAUUCAGAGAUUAACCCCGUGCCACUUAGCCAAUCAGAAUCAGAGGUUUUCACAUUAGGCCAGCUGUCAAUUAGUCAGUCAGUGAAAGAAAAAGGGCUCCUAUUGGACAAAGCGUUGUGGCUAGCGGACUUGGACAUGUCCUGGCGUCAACGGGACAGACAGACCUCAUCCGUGACGUCUGACUUCAAAGAAAGCAUCCAAGACUCAGACUCUGGCUCUCUGGACACUGAGGUCACAUCCUUGCUCUCGGUUGAUUCGUCCGACUCGGGCUCGUCCAUCACCUCUGGAUAUGACAGCGCAUCCCCAUCGUCCGGCCAGAGCCGAGGCGGUCUCAUGAAGAAGUAUGAAAAUGUUCUACAAGACUGUCUGCAGAACAACCGCACAAACACCAAGAUUGAGUCCAUAAUGCUGAAACUACAGAGAUUACAGCACAAAGCAGUACUGGAUGAUGACUAUGAUACAGCUGAGCAUUUUGGAAAGAAACUAGAGGAUCUGCGGCGAGAGAGAGCGACUCUUAAACCUGGUCUUCCGUCCAGACAUCCUGAAUUCUGUGGCUUUCUGGAGCGCCUCAGGACAGCAGUGCACAGGGCCCUCCAGAUGACAGACAACUGCAGGCAAAAUGGAGAAUCGAGUGAAGAACAGGGAAGUUCAGCCGGCUCUCAUCGCCAACCACAAACACGGGAGCAGCUGGUACAGGAGAAACUGAGGAUUCAGAAGGAGAUGUGUGAACUCCAGCGGCGUUUAGAGGAGCUUCAGGUGCAGAGCAGAGCUGUGGAGGUUCAGCUGCUCCAGGAGGAACGGGUACUGGAGGUGGAGGAGGCGGAGGGGUCUGUGCUCACUGGCUGUGAUGCGGUUCAGCUGCGGCUGAUUGGUCGAGCUCUGGAGGACAUGAUGACAUCAGAGAACCGCGCUCAGAUCAGUAUGCGUCCACCAGCACAGAUCAUCAGACUACAAGAACAGGAGCGAGCGCUCAGUUUAACCAUUAAAGAAGCAACAGCUAAAGUGGUGAUGAGUCAGAGGUUGGGCAACAGUCUGUGGCGUAAACUCGGUGAGAGUGAAACACAGCUGUUGGCCCUCCAUGAGGCGAAGCUCACGGCCAUCUCAGGAAAUGACUUCAGCACUGCGAAGGAACUGAAGGCAGAAAUCAGGAACAUGUACAGUGAGCGAGAUCAUCUGGAGGGUCAGCUGAGGAAACUGAAGACCAUCAGCACAGGUAGUGGACCAGAUCUGACCCGCAUGAAGUGCCAACACAACCAGAUCAAACUGGAGCUGCAGCAGAGAGAGGACCAGUACGAACGCAGUUUAAAAGAAAACACCUUGAAGUACAUUGAGCUUCUUGAGGAUCGCCUUCACAGUAGUUGUGGAAGUUCAGCGCUGGAGCACAUUUUGGAAGCGGAUUUGGAAGCUUGCCACCUUCUCUUAAGAAGUCUCGAGCGGCGCAUGCCCAGCCUCUCAGAGAGUGAUGAUCUCCUCCCUUCACCAGGAUCAAGUUUAAGUGCCCUAACAUUCAUUAAAGGAGAAGCGGACUGCGCCAUGUUGACUGCUUUAGGGGGGCGCUGGUGUCCUGAUGCUGACCUACAGCACUCUGAGUUUACUAAGAAAUUAGAGGAGUUUCUGUUCUGUUUUGAGGACAGUUCAUCCGAGGAUCUGUGUGGUGAAGUGUUAGACCUGACGGAGCGCUGUGAACUCAUCGGUGACCGAUUGUGUCACCUGGAAGACCAGCUCCAGACCGCCAUAGACAACCAAGACAAGGACCUCACUCUGUCCCUGGAGAAGGAAGUUCAGGAGCUGAAGGCCACUCUUCAGUCCAUGCUGUCACAGUUGAUGGAGGAUGAAGAGGAGGAAGAUGAGGAUGAAGACAAGUUUUGUGAUGUAGAGGAAGAACAGUUUGAGGAGGAGGAUAUAGAAGAGGAGCAUUACUUCAGUGACAGCUGGGAGAUUUAAGAUAGACUUGAGGUUUUAUGUAUUCAUGCCCAGGUGAGAUGCUCUGUGGAGUCCAGUGUCUCUGAGACGUGUAUGCAUGUGUCAGUGGUGCAGAACUCCUGUGAAACUCCACAUUCCUGUAAUCUCAUCUUCACUGUGCUGUAGCACUUACUGUAGUAGGACCACUAAAAGUGGACGUUUUUAUUAAGUUCUUGGGAGUUCACAAAGUGUCCUUGAUUAUACAACAUGUUGUCUGCCGAGGUUUCCUACCACUAGAAAAUCUUUGAAAAGUGAAGCCCUUUAUUUAUUCUUCUGUAUCUGUGAAUCUGAGAAAAAAAUAAAAUAAAAUGCAGGUCACAUUUCACCCUAAAAUAAAUGAAUUUUUAAGACCACUAAUACUUUUUUAUUGUGACAUUAUUUUUUAUGACAAUUAAGCACAUUUCCCACCAAAUUCUCAUUAUUGUAAUGUGUCUAGACUCUUUAUGUUGUUUUUGUAAUAUUAUUCCCAAUGGUAAUUCUCAUUAGAUUUACAUUAAUGUUAUAGUCAUUUUUUUAUUGUAUCACAAUAAAUACUAUUGUAAAUCAUUUUAUAAUCCAUAUACAUUAAAGGUAAAACAGCACAUACUACCAUCAUGUAUAAAUACUUUACAAUAUUAAAAACAUAUUAUUUUUAUUCAUUUCAAUAAUUAGAACGUAUGUGCUUAAUUGUCACUUAAAUAAUCCAAAAAAAGAACAUAGUAAUUUGCUUUAUGAAACAUUUAAUUUCUUAUUUCUUUCACUUGAUUUUGGGGUGAAAUAUGACCAGUUUUGUGAGAUUCACCCUUCUGUUAGUGUUUAUUUAUUUAACUUGUAUUUUUCAGAAGUUACCUAGUGCUUAAAGUUAUUUCCAUUUAUUUAAUGUGUGGCACAUCAUAUUUAUUUAUUUAAUUUGCUUUGAUAUCUUUUAAUUCAAAACCCUUUCAGUCAGCAAUAAAGACCAACUUAUAGUUACACAUGAAUAUCUAUAAAGGACCAAAAAAAAACAAAAACAAAAAAAAGACCUCUUAUGCCAAAAACUUGAUGACUCGAGGAAAAUAUAUUCCUUCAGUUUGGCUCUUGAGCUCAGGACAAAACGAGUUUGUUUUAAAUGUAGUUUCUUCAACCCAUUUCCUCUUAUGACUGAAUUCUGAACAGUGUUCAUGAUAUUAGUACUAGUUCAUGAUAGUAUUUGGUGCUUUGAAUUAUGAAGAUAACUUUAGUGUAGAUCUUCAGUCGAGAGUCCCGUCAAACUAGGGCAAUAAGAUCUAGCACAACCCCUGUUUAUUUACUGUGUUCUUAUGUGUUGCGUUAUUAUAUUGUGAAUUAUAAGGAUUAUGUAGCAUUAAGUGCCUUUAAUUGUUUAAAAAAAAUAAAGGUUCUUUAUCAGCAUGUAUGGUUCCAUGAAGAACCUUUACCAUCCAUAGAAGUUUAUCAUUGCACAAAAUGUUCUUUGUAGUGGACAAGAAUCUUAAGACUAUCAAAAGGUUCUUCAAAAAUGUUUUUAUUUAAAGGGAUAGUUCACCCAAAAAUGAAAAUUCUCAUAAUUUACUUACUCUCGUGCCAUCCCGGAUAUGUAUGACUUUUUUUCUUAUGCAGAACACAAAUGAAGAUUUUUAGAAGAAUAUUUCAGCUCUGUAGGUCCAUACAAUGCAAGUGAAUGAAGCUCCAA